CUAAACUUCCAAGCAGAGCCUGCAUGUGAGGAUCAACGUGUUUAAGUGGACUCUGUUUAAACUUUCGGGAUGUUUCACCUCAGACUCAUCUCCUGUUAGCCGAGAAUGCUAAAGGAAGUUAGCUUGUUAGCAGGAAGUAGCCGGAGCCGGAGCUCGGCCUCACAGUCGGAGCAGCUUCCAUAGAGACCAAACUGUAUUUUUCACGGAGCCCAAAUGUCCAAAUGUCCAGAUAGAGCUGUCUGAAUAGACUCUGUGCUGUUCCCUUUAUCUGAACAUGUUUAACAUCUGAAUUAUCUCCCGCUGUCCUACGAAGCUAAUGCAGUUAGCUUAGCUUGCUAGCUGGAAACAGUCUGGAGGAAAAGCUGCUGUGAAUCAGUAAAAAUGUCUAAAGUGGAGAACGAGGAGGAACUUUGUGGACAACGCAAACUACUGGACGCUGUUUUCAAGCCUGAAGUCCGGUUACACAGAGCAGAUGUCCAGCUGCUGGUGAGUAAAGAACAGGUUCCCCCUGAGCAGCAGGAGAGGAGCCUCAGUCUGGACCAGGAGGACCCACCAGAGCUCCCACAAAUUAAAAAGGAGUGGCGCCUCAGUCUGGACCAGGAGGACCCACCAGAGCUCCCACAAAUUAAAAAGGAGUGGAGCCUCAGUCUGGAUCAGGAGGACCCACCAGAGCCUCCACACAUUAAAAAGGAAAAGGAGGGAGAGCAGCUUCGAGGGCUGGAGGAGGCUGAUAUCACCAAGUUCCUAUUCACUCCUGUCCCUGUGAAGAGUGAAGAAGACAAUGAAGAGAAACCUCAGUCCUCACAACUUCAUCAAAGUGUAACUGAACAGAUGGAAACACAAGCUGAUGGAGCGGACUGUGGAGGACCAGAACCAGCCAGGAACUUGGAUUCAGAUAGACAUUUACAACCUGAGACUGAUGACACGUCCCACUCUGAACCUGAAACUGAUGACAGUUGUGAUUGGGAGGAGACCAGGGAACCUCAGUCAGGUUCAAACCCUCUGCGAAACAAUGAAGUACCUGUAAGUGAUCAGGAAUGUAAUACUGGAAAAACACCAAGUAGCUCUUCGGAAUGUGCUACAAGCUCUGGCCACAAAGAACAUCUGCAGGAACACAACGAACUCCGAACAGCAGAGAAACCAUUUAGAUGUUUAGAUUGUGGUAAAAGAUACUCGGGGAGGAAGUCCUUAAGGAAUCAUAUGAGACUUCAUUUAGAAGGAAAACGUUUCAGCUGCUCAGUUUGUACAAAAACCUUUCAAUCAAGCAGUGAGGUUGUGAUGCACAUGAGAAUCCACACAGGGGAGAAACCAUACAGUUGUUCCAUAUGCAGUAAGAGCUACUUCAGGAAUAAGUCAUUAAGGGAACAUAUGAGACUUCAUUCAGAACAAGGUUUCAGCUGCUCAGUUUGUAAAAGAAUUUUCAGUGACAGAAGCUCUUUGUCUAGACACACAGUAAUUCACACAGGGGAAAAACCCUUCAGUUGUUCACUUUGUGGUAAAGGGUUCUCACGAGGCCAAACACUGACCCAACACUUAAGAGUACACACAGGAGAAAAACCUUUCCCAUGCUCAGUUUGUAAAAAAAGUUUCAGUCACAGGACUACUUUGUCCUCACACAUGAGAAUUCACACAGGGGAGAAACCAUACAGUUGUUCUGUUUGUGAUAAAAGAUUCACUCAGCACACUCAAAUGAAAAAUCACAGGUGUGCUGGUGAGAGCAGUGGAAGUAAAUGAAGCUGCAGAAAUUUGUGUUGAGCUGGUUCCCUCCAGCAGGAUUGAAGUACUGAAGGCAAGACUUGGCUCAACACUGAUCAGUUCAGAACUGUGAGACAGACGUAGUAGUGCUUUACAGCAGUCUGGGACUGUUCUGUUUGAUAUUACAUGUAUUCAUUGAAUUAAAGUAUGUUUUACAAUUAGAA